AUGCCGGCCGCCACCCCAGCCUUGGGGAGGAAGGCUAACCUCCCAGCCCCUCUCCCUCCCCAGCCAGGUCCUGGCCACAGCGGGCUUCAGAACUGCCAGUACAAUUUUGCAGGUCUUGCAGAUGUGUCGAUAUCUGAAGACAUUCCAGUGGAAGGGGAGAUCACUGUUCCAGUCGGGUCUCACUCUCCUGAUGAAGACUACUCCACACUGGAUGAGCCUGUUAGGGAUACUAUUAUGAGAGAUCUGAAGGCUGUUGGGAAGAAAUUUGUCCAUGUCAUGUAUCCGAAGAAGAGUAGUGCGCUCCUCAGAGACUGGGAUCUUUGGGGCCCUUUGGUGCUUUGUGUCUCACUUGCGCUGAUGCUUCAGGGUGGAUCAGCAGAUAGUAAAGACGACGGAGGGCCCCAAUUUGCUGAGGUCUUUGUCAUCAUCUGGUUUGGUGCAGUUGUCAUCACAUUAAACUCAAAGCUUCUCGGAGGAACUAUAUCUUUUUUUCAGAGCCUGUGCGUUCUGGGUUACUGUGUCCUGCCCCUGACAGUGGCAAUGCUGGUGUGCAGGCUGGUACUGCUGGCAGGUUCUGGGACCAUCAGCUUCAUUAUACGUCUUAUUGUAGUAGUAGCUAUGUUUGGUUGGUCAACGUUAGCAUCUACAGCUUUCCUGGCAGACAGUCAGCCUCCAAACCGCAAAGCUCUUGUUGUCUACCCCAUCUUCCUCUUCUACUUUGUCAUCAGCUGGAUGAUUCUCACCUUUACACCUCAGUGA